AUGAAACAAUCGACUUGGAAAGUUCACGACGACAAUUUAGCGGUCCUGUUAGAGCAUCCGGGCUCGAAACAGGAAUUGAACUCGCAGGUAGAAACUUUCCAAAAUACCGUUUAUGACUACUUCAACGAGCAAUAUCCACCACGUAAUCAUUACGCUCGCAAAAAUAAAGAAAAUUCGUUCAAGAUAAAAAUGAGGAAGAAAAAACGGGAAUUAAUAAAAAAUCUACGUAUAGCCAAAGCUCUAGGCGACAACCACCUUAGUCAUCAGCUAGCUAGGGCGUUAAGGUCAAUCCUUAAAUUAAUUCAAGGAAUAUCGGCACAAACUGCAGGAUAUCGCGGUAAUUUUGACCGGGCCAAACAGGAAGUAGAUUUUGAUAAAAACCCUUUUGAGUAUUCGAAAACCAUUUUUAAGAAAGAACGCGGACAGCUUCUCUUGACCAACGAUCAAAUUUACGACCAUUUCAAGAGCACAUACGAAGUGCCUAAAAGUGUAAGGCUCUAUACGGAUCCAAACGAACAAAAACCGGAAAUUCCUCAUAUCGAUUUUCACGGCAUACCACCAACGUUAGACGAAAUAAGUAGUCACAUAAAGAGGAAAUCAUCUAAAUCUGCACCGGGCCCCGAUGGUAUCCCAUAUAUAGUCUUUAAAAAAUGUCCAUCGGUUCGUAAACACCUCAUAAAUAUAUACGGCAAAAUCUGGUCAAGGAAGCAAAUCCCGGAGUGGUUCGGGAAAGCAAUUUUUGUCCUCAUUCCCAAAAAAGAUCGAGUUACCGAUCCGAAGGAUACUAGACCGAUAGCCUUAACAAAUACAAUUUCUAAAAUCUUUUUCUCGGUCCUACAAACGAGAAUGACGCGAUUCAUGCUCAGCAACAAGUAUUUUAGGCCAAAUCACCAGAAAGGGUUUCUACCCGGGAUUUCUGGAUGCCUAGAACACAACACCUUGCUGUCGGAGAGUUUGAAAGAUGCUAGAAAAAGCGAGCGGCAAAUUACAGUUUGUUGGAUAGACUUAGAGAAUGCGUUCGGGUCGAUACAACACGAGUUGAUGCUAUUCGCGCUUAGAUGGUACAACUUUCCACCCCUAGUUAGAGAUAUGAUCGCGUCGUAUUACUCAAAAUUAAGGUUUUCUAUAAUAACUAAAGAAGGCCCUUCAAAAAGUUUGAGUUAUAAUGUAGGACUGUUUCAAGGUUGUUGUCUAUCUCCAAUUACGUUUAAUAUCGUUAUUAACAUCUUAGUAGACAAAUUAAUCUGUAACGAGAAAAAAUGGGGUUAUCGGUUUAAGUUUAAUAAUAAAUACACGGAAUCCAUUUUAGCCUUCGCUGACGAUCUCGCAAUACUGACACGUCACCCCAAACACUGUCAAGUACUAUUGGAUGAAGUGGAUAAAUUCUGUGAGUGGACGGAUGGAUUGAGGACAAAACCAAGUAAAUGUCACUGUUUGUGUCUUGGUAGGCGGAAUACAAGAUACACCUCAUACGAUCCGGGACUAUCGAUAGGCGGUCAAUGCGUUUCUACGGUUACGGAAGAUGCACCAUUCAAGUUUCUCGGUCGUAAGAUUGAUAAUAUAGGUCGUACUCCAUCUUUAGAAGGAAUAGUAGAUAGCUUUUUAAAUGAUCUUAACAAGGUGGAUAGCCAGCAGAUCAGUAACGUAAAAAAAGCAUGGAUCUACGAUAAUUACUUAACUUCACGUUUGAAUUGGCCUUUCCUCGUCUAUGAUUUUAGUAAAACCCUUUUAUCUAAAUUAGAUGCAGGCGUCAUAAAGAUGUUGAAGUUGUGGCUCGGGCUCGCGCUAACGGCUGAUUCAUCGGCUUUAUUCAGGGAUCGUAAUAGUUUUGGGAUGAAUCUAAAAAGACCAUCGGAGCUCUACAAACACCUAAGAGUUUCCAAGAGACAUAUCCUGGGAAAAUCCCAUGAUGACGUCGUUACAUCACUCCCAAAAGACAAUGAUGCCCCAGAGCUAGAGUCACGACUUCAAUUCCAUAAACAAUUUAUGAUCGGAGCGCAAAAUAACAGAGUAGGGUUAGGAUCAAGUAGGAAAGUCCAAGAUACGGAUAUAUUGAAGUCUUUUAUUCGGCAAGACGAGAACGAUAAAUACAAGAUCCAUGCAAUGAGUUUAGAAAUGCAGAACGAGUGGUUAGACAUAGGAGAUUUUUGCAUUCCACUAGCACUAAAAUGGCGCACCCUAAUUCAUGACUGGUCGCCAGCCUUGCUAAAAUUUUAUCUCAAUGCGUUCCAGAUGACUCUCCCAGAUCAGAGUAAUUUAGUAAGAUGGGGUAAAGGUACCGAAAAAACUUGCUAUAUCUGCGGAAAGGCGGUUGGAACUGCCAAGCAUUUGCUGGUGGGAUGUAAGGUUCUCCUGGACAGCGGUCAAUACUCGCGUCGUCACGAUAGGGUUUUAGAGAUCAUACGUGAAGCGGUUAGUCUUUCGGUAGCCAGAGCGCAAAGGGAAAUAACCACAAACGAGCGAUCAAUAGGUUUUGUGAGAGAGGGCACCAGGGCUAUAAAAUCAAACGUCAAGCCUUACUCUAUCCUUAAAGCGGCUUCGGAUUGGACUAUCAUGAUGGAUACGUAUGAGAAACAAUACAAAAUCCCCGAGGAUAUUUGUGCGUCGGCCUCCAGACCAGACAUAUUUCUAUAUUCGCGUAUUUUAAAGCGCGUUGUGAUGAUAGAGCUUACGGUGCCUUGGGAAACCAACAUCCCCAAAGACCAUGCCAUCAAGGUCAAUAAGUAUUACGAGCUCACUAACGAACUAACUCGAAAUAGGUUCGUCGUUGAUUUGUACGCGGUAGAGGUGGGAGCGAGAGGUAUAACAGCUAAAUCUCUCUAUAACCUACUAAAAGACUUGGGCCUGUCCAGAACUAACAUUAAUUCAUUCUUAGAACGUACGUCGAAGGCAGCCCUAGUAGGUUCUUUUCAAAUUUGGUUAGGUAGGGAGAGGAACUUGGACAGUGGAGUCCGAGAGGGGGGGCGGAAGAUCUGUCCACCGGUCGAUUUAAACGGCGAAAACGGCGCGAAUACGGACUUGAAAUGCCCUACGUGCGGGAAAAAUUACAAGAGACGAGCCUGGUACAUUAAACACCUAAAAACACAUAAUGGUGUUGAAGCGCGACAAUCGUUGGUAAGUUCUUCAAUUAUCACUUCGGAUAGAGUUGACCCUCACGUAUCCCAUGGUGAACCAUUAACUGGAAACCACCAGGAGUCCAUUAACAUCCGGACACGUCUUAGCAUUCCUAACAUGAAACAAUCGACUUGGAAAGUUCACGACGACAAUUUAGCGGUCCUGUUAGAGCAUCCGGGCUCGAAACAGGAAUUGAACUCGCAGGUAGAAACUUUCCAAAAUACCGUUUAUGACUACUUCAACGAGCAAUAUCCACCACCCAAAGCUCUAGGCGACAACCACCUUAGUCAUCAGCUAGCUAGGGCGUUAAGGUCAAUCCUUAAAUUAAUUCAAGGAAUAUCGGCACAAACUGCAGGAUAUCGCGGUAAUUUUGACCGGGCCAAACAGGAAGUAGAUUUUGAUAAAAACCCUUUUGAGUAUUCGAAAACCAUUUUUAAGAAAGAACGCGGACAGCUUCUCUUGACCAACGAUCAAAUUUACGACCAUUUCAAGAGCACAUACGAAGUGCCUAAAAGUGUAAGGCUCUAUACGGAUCCAAACGAACAAAAACCGGAAAUUCCUCAUAUCGAUUUUCACGGCAUACCACCAACGUUAGACGAAAUAAGUAGUCACAUAAAGAGGAAAUCAUCUAAAUCUGCACCGGGCCCCGAUGGUAUCCCAUAUAUAGUCUUUAAAAAAUGUCCAUCGGUUCGUAAACACCUCAUAAAUAUAUACGGCAAAAUCUGGUCAAGGAAGCAAAUCCCGGAGUGGUUCGGGAAAGCAAUUUUUGUCCUCAUUCCCAAAAAAGAUCGAGUUACCGAUCCGAAGGAUACUAGACCGAUAGCCUUAACAAAUACAAUUUCUAAAAUCUUUUUCUCGGUCCUACAAACGAGAAUGACGCGAUUCAUGCUCAGCAACAAGUAUUUUAGGCCAAAUCACCAGAAAGGGUUUCUACCCGGGAUUUCUGGAUGCCUAGAACACAACACCUUGCUGUCGGAGAGUUUGAAAGAUGCUAGAAAAAGCGAGCGGCAAAUUACAGUUUGUUGGAUAGACUUAGAGAACGCGUUCGGGUCGAUACAACACGAGUUGAUGCUAUUCGCGCUUAGAUGGCGGAAUACAAGAUACACCUCAUACGAUCCGGGACUAUCGAUAGGCGGUCAAUGCGUUUCUACGGUUACGGAAGAUGCACCAUUCAAGUUUCUCGGUCGUAAGAUUGAUAAUAUAGGUCGUACUCCAUCUUUAGAAGGAAUAGUAGAUAGCUUUUUAAAUGAUCUUAACAAGGUGGAUAGCCAGCAGAUCAGUAACGUAAAAAAAGCAUGGAUCUACGAUAAUUACUUAACUUCACGUUUGAAUUGGCCUUUCCUCGUCUAUGAUUUUAGUAAAACCCUUUUAUCUAAAUUAGAUGCAGGCGUCAUAAAGAUGUUGAAGUUGUGGCUCGGGCUCGCGCUAACGGCUGAUUCAUCGGCUUUAUUCAGGGAUCGUAAUAGUUUUGGGAUGAAUCUAAAAAGACCAUCGGAGCUCUACAAACACCUAAGAGUUUCCAAGAGACAUAUCCUGGGAAAAUCCCAUGAUGACGUCGUUACAUCACUCCCAAAAGACAAUGAUGCCCCAGAGCUAGAGUCACGACUUCAAUUCCAUAAACAAUUUAUGAUCGGAGCGCAAAAUAACAGAGUAGGGUUAGGAUCAAGUAGGAAAGUCCAAGAUACGGAUAUAUUGAAGUCUUUUAUUCGGCAAGACGAGAACGAUAAAUACAAGAUCCAUGCAAUGAGUUUAGAAAUGCAGAACGAGUGGUUAGACAUAGGAGAUUUUUGCAUUCCACUAGCACUAAAAUGGCGCACCCUAAUUCAUGACUGGUCGCCAGCCUUGCUAAAAUUUUAUCUCAAUGCGUUCCAGAUGACUCUCCCAGAUCAGAGUAAUUUAGUAAGAUGGGGUAAAGGUACCGAAAAAACUUGCUAUAUCUGCGGAAAGGCGGUUGGAACUGCCAAGCAUUUGCUGGUGGGAUGUAAGGUUCUCCUGGACAGCGGUCAAUACUCGCGUCGUCACGAUAGGGUUUUAGAGAUCAUACGUGAAGCGGUUAGUCUUUCGGUAGCCAGAGCGCAAAGGGAAAUAACCACAAACGAGCGAUCAAUAGGUUUUGUGAGAGAGGGCACCAGGGCUAUAAAAUCAAACGUCAAGCCUUACUCUAUCCUUAAAGCGGCUUCGGAUUGGACUAUCAUGAUGGAUACGUAUGAGAAACAAUACAAAAUCCCCGAGGAUAUUUGUGCGUCGGCCUCCAGACCAGACAUAUUUCUAUAUUCGCGUAUUUUAAAGCGCGUUGUGAUGAUAGAGCUUACGGUGCCUUGGGAAACCAACAUCCCCAAAGACCAUGCCAUCAAGGUCAAUAAGUAUUACGAGCUCACUAACGAACUAACUCGAAAUAGGUUCGUCGUUGAUUUGUACGCGGUAGAGGUGGGAGCGAGAGGUAUAACAGCUAAAUCUCUCUAUAACCUACUAAAAGACUUGGGCCUGUCCAGAACUAACAUUAAUUCAUUCUUAGAACGUACGUCGAAGGCAGCCCUAGUAGGUUCUUUUCAAAUUUGGUUAGGUAGGGAGAGGAACUUGGACAGUGGAGUCCGAGAGGGGGGGCGGAAGAUCUGUCCACCGGUCGAUUUAAACGGCGAAAACGGCGCGAAUACGGACUUGAAAUGCCCUACGUGCGGGAAAAAUUACAAGAGACGAGCCUGGUACAUUAAACACCUAAAAACACAUAAUGGUGUUGAAGCGCGACAAUCGUUGGUAAGUUCUUCAAUUAUCACUUCGGAUAGAGUUGACCCUCACGUAUCCCAUGGUGAACCAUUAACUGGAAACCACCAGGAGUCCAUUAACAUCCGGACACGUCUUAGCAUUCCUAACAUGAAACAAUCGACUUGGAAAGUUCACGACGACAAUUUAGCGGUCCUGUUAGAGCAUCCGGGCUCGAAACAGGAAUUGAACUCGCAGGUAGAAACUUUCCAAAAUACCGUUUAUGACUACUUCAACGAGCAAUAUCCACCACGUAAUCAUUACGCUCGCAAAAAUAAAGAAAAUUCGUUCAAGAUAAAAAUGAGGAAGAAAAAACGGGAAUUAAUAAAAAAUCUACGUAUAGCCAAAGCUCUAGGCGACAACCACCUUAGUCAUCAGCUAGCUAGGGCGUUAAGGUCAAUCCUUAAAUUAAUUCAAGGAAUAUCGGCACAAACUGCAGGAUAUCGCGAACGCGGACAGCUUCUCUUGACCAACGAUCAAAUUUACGACCAUUUCAAGAGCACAUACGAAGUGCCUAAAAGUGUAAGGCUCUAUACGGAUCCAAACGAACAAAAACCGGAAAUUCCUCAUAUCGAUUUUCACGGCAUACCACCAACGUUAGACGAAAUAAGUAGUCACAUAAAGAGGAAAUCAUCUAAAUCUGCACCGGGCCCCGAUGGUAUCCCAUAUAUAGUCUUUAAAAAAUGUCCAUCGGUUCGUAAACACCUCAUAAAUAUAUACGGCAAAAUCUGGUCAAGGAAGCAAAUCCCGGAGUGGUUCGGGAAAGCAAUUUUUGUCCUCAUUCCCAAAAAAGAUCGAGUUACCGAUCCGAAGGAUACUAGACCGAUAGCCUUAACAAAUACAAUUUCUAAAAUCUUUUUCUCGGUCCUACAAACGAGAAUGACGCGAUUCAUGCUCAGCAACAAGUAUUUUAGGCCAAAUCACCAGAAAGGGUUUCUACCCGGGAUUUCUGGAUGCCUAGAACACAACACCUUGCUGUCGGAGAGUUUGAAAGAUGCUAGAAAAAGCGAGCGGCAAAUUACAGUUUGUUGGAUAGACUUAGAGAACGCGUUCGGGUCGAUACAACACGAGUUGAUGCUAUUCGCGCUUAGAUGGUACAACUUUCCACCCCUAGUUAGAGAUAUGAUCGCGUCGUAUUACUCAAAAUUAAGGUUUUCUAUAAUAACUAAAGAAGGCCCUUCAAAAAGUUUGAGUUAUAAUGUAGGACUGUUUCAAGCCUUCGCUGACGAUCUCGCAAUACUGACACGUCACCCCAAACACUGUCAAGUACUAUUGGAUGAAGUGGAUAAAUUCUGUGAGUGGACGGAUGGAUUGAGGACAAAACCAAGUAAAUGUCACUGUUUGUGUCUUGGUAGGCGGAAUACAAGAUACACCUCAUACGAUCCGGGACUAUCGAUAGGCGGUCAAUGCGUUUCUACGGUUACGGAAGAUGCACCAUUCAAGUUUCUCGGUCGUAAGAUUGAUAAUAUAGGUCGUACUCCAUCUUUAGAAGGAAUAGUAGAUAGCUUUUUAAAUGAUCUUAACAAGGUGGAUAGCCAGCAGAUCAGUAACGUAAAAAAAGCAUGGAUCUACGAUAAUUACUUAACUUCACGUUUGAAUUGGCCUUUCCUCGUCUAUGAUUUUAGUAAAACCCUUUUAUCUAAAUUAGAUGCAGGCGUCAUAAAGAUGUUGAAGUUGUGGCUCGGGCUCGCGCUAACGGCUGAUUCAUCGGCUUUAUUCAGGGAUCGUAAUAGUUUUGGGAUGAAUCUAAAAAGACCAUCGGAGCUCUACAAACACCUAAGAGUUUCCAAGAGACAUAUCCUGGGAAAAUCCCAUGAUGACGUCGUUACAUCACUCCCAAAAGACAAUGAUGCCCCAGAGCUAGAGUCACGACUUCAAUUCCAUAAACAAUUUAUGAUCGGAGCGCAAAAUAACAGAGUAGGGUUAGGAUCAAGUAGGAAAGUCCAAGAUACGGAUAUAUUGAAGUCUUUUAUUCGGCAAGACGAGAACGAUAAAUACAAGAUCCAUGCAAUGAGUUUAGAAAUGCAGAACGAGUGGUUAGACAUAGGAGAUUUUUGCAUUCCACUAGCACUAAAAUGGCGCACCCUAAUUCAUGACUGGUCGCCAGCCUUGCUAAAAUUUUAUCUCAAUGCGUUCCAGAUGACUCUCCCAGAUCAGAGUAAUUUAGUAAGAUGGGGUAAAGGUACCGAAAAAACUUGCUAUAUCUGCGGAAAGGCGGUUGGAACUGCCAAGCAUUUGCUGGUGGGAUGUAAGGUUCUCCUGGACAGCGGUCAAUACUCGCGUCGUCACGAUAGGGUUUUAGAGAUCAUACGUUUUGUGAGAGAGGGCACCAGGGCUAUAAAAUCAAACGUCAAGCCUUACUCUAUCCUUAAAGCGGCUUCGGAUUGGACUAUCAUGAUGGAUACGUAUGAGAAACAAUACAAAAUCCCCGAGGAUAUUUGUGCGUCGGCCUCCAGACCAGACAUAUUUCUAUAUUCGCGUAUUUUAAAGCGCGUUGUGAUGAUAGAGCUUACGGUGCCUUGGGAAACCAACAUCCCCAAAGACCAUGCCAUCAAGGUCAAUAAGUAUUACGAGCUCACUAACGAACUAACUCGAAAUAGGUUCGUCGUUGAUUUGUACGCGGUAGAGGUGGGAGCGAGAGGUAUAACAGCUAAAUCUCUCUAUAACCUACUAAAAGACUUGGGCCUGUCCAGAACUAACAUUAAUUCAUUCUUAGAACGUACGUCGAAGGCAGCCCUAGUAGGUUCUUUUCAAAUUUGGUUAGGUAGGGAGAGGAACUUGGACAGUGGAGGUGAGCGUAUAACGCGCGUUAGUUAA